GCCUGACGGGACGGGUAGUUUUGCGAAGCACUUAACCUACGGAGAUUGCCGAGGUUGGAAGUUCUGGGGCCUGGGGCUCCCCGAGCAGGAGAGAUGGAACUGGAGCAGAGAGAGGGGACCAUGGCCGCCGUGGGCUUCGAGGAGUUCUCGGCGCCGCCAGGCUCGGAGUUGGCGCUGCCUCCGCUCUUCGGUGGUCACAUCCUGGAGAGCGAGCUUGAGACCGAAGUGGAGUUUGUGUCCGGGGGUCUGGGCGGCUCCGGGCUCCGGGAGCGAGAUGAAGAGGAAGAGGCAGCCCGGGGCCGUCGGCGGCGCCAGCGGGAACUAAAUCGCAGGAAGUACCAGGCGCUGGGUCGGCGCUGCCGGGAGAUCGAGCAGGUGAACGAGCGGGUCCUAAACAGGCUCCACCAAGUGCAGAGAAUAACCCGGAGACUCCAGCAGGAGCGGAGGUUCCUCAUGAGAGUGCUGGACUCCUACGGCGAUGACUACCGCUCCAGCCAGUUCACCAUCGUGCUGGAGGAUGAGGGCAGCCAGGGCACAGAUGCCCCCACCCCCGGCAAUGCCGAAAACGAGCCUCCAGAGAAAGAGGGGCUGUCCCCACCUCGGAGGACCCCCGCGCCCCCAGAGCCAGGCAGCCCGGCCCCCGGCGAGGGGCCCAGCGGGAGGAGGCGGCGGCGAGCACCGCGUGAAGGCCGGCGAGUCGGGGCUGCGCUGACCCCAGAACUGGCCCCGAUCAAGGUCGAGGAAGACUUUGGCUUUGAAGCGGACGAGGCCCUCGACUCAAGCUGGGUUUCUCGGGGGCCAGACAAACUGCUGCCCUACCCCACCCUAGCCAGCCCGCCCUUUGACUAACUCCCCCCAGUAAACCAGCCCCACUCUC